AUGAGGAAGGCACGGCGUGGCUUGCGGCCUAGCUAUACUUGGAGUAGUAUUUUGAGUGCUAAAUGGGUGCUUGAUCAAGGCUGUAUUUGGAGGGUUGGCUCCGGUGAUUCUAUUGGCAUUUGGGAGGACCAGUGGGUGCCUCAAGCAGUAGGCUUUCGGUUGUAUUAUGGGCAGCGUCAUAGCAACCAUGUGAGCCGUGUAAGUCAGCUCUUGAGCCCGAGUGGAAAGUCUUGGAACCCUGCUCUCAUACGUGAUAUCUUUGUCCCACAUGAAGCUGCUCUUAUUCUUCAGAUUCCACUGGCUGGUGCUUCAAGCUCGGAAGGGGCUGUUUCUGCUGGUACUUGGACAGCGUUGUGGAAGGAAAACUCUAUUCCCCGGUGCAAGGAAUUUGCUUGGCGAGCUUGCCAUGAUGUGCUUCUGGUGAGGGCAGUUCUAGCUCAUUGUGGUGUGGAGCUUGAUCCAAUCUGUCCUCUGUGUGGUGAGGUAGAGAAAACCGGUUGCCAUGCUCUCUUUUUAUGUAGAGAGGUUGCACCUAUAUGGUUUGGGUCCCAUUUAUCCAUGGAUUUUAGGCAGGCCCCUCAUGGUUUCACGGUUCUGAAUUGGCUACACCAGAUUUUUAAUGAGAAGGAUGAUUGGGUUGUGGAUUCGGUUUUGACAUUGAUGCUGGCGAUUUGGGAGCGGAGGAAUAAAUGGUGUUUUGAGAAGAGAUGGCUCCCUUACAUGGUGAUCCAGCGAGCAUUGUCUUUGGCUAUGGUAGAACUGUCGAGCUCUAGUCAAAGCGGUGGUGCUGGCGUGCGCGCGAGGAAUAUCGCGGGUUCAGCUACUCGAGGAUGGAAGGCACCGAUUGCUGGAAGGAUUAAAAUCAAUGUUGAUGUUGUUGUCCCUGCUGGUUCAGAUAUGGGGUUUGGCUACAUUGCCCGCAACUCUCAUGGACAGGUCCUUGCCACAGCUGCUGCGAAGUGGCCUUGA